UCCAUUUAAAUCCUCUUCUUCCACUCCCAUUUUUUCUCAGAUUUUGCUUUUCUCUGUAACAAAAAUGGCUACUGAAGAAGCAAGUUCAACUUUGCCUUCUUAUCCUGAUAUGAUAAUGGAAGCUAUAGAUGCGUUGAAUGAAGAAGAAGGAUCGAAUAAAUCAGCAAUAUGGAGGCAAAUUGAAGGGACUCAUGGUACACUACCACCAGCGCAUGGUACACUCCUUGCACAUCACUUGAACCAAAUGAAGCAAGCUGGGCAGUUAGUUAUGUUGAAGAAUAACUACAUGAAGCCAAACCCAAACGCGCCGCCGCGCCGUGGGAGAGGCCGUCCGCCGAAGCCGAAAGCUUCGGUUCCGGUUCCGGAUGGGUAUCCUAGACCACGUGGAAGGCCACCGAAGGAGCGUGCUCCAUACGCACCGAUUACGGUACCUAUGAAGAAGACGGCGACUGAAAGUAGUUCUGGUGGAAGUGGGAAGAAACGUGGAAGGCCAAGGAAGUAUCCGAUGACGGAGGACAAUCCGGUGGCUGUUGGGGUGGUGGAGGUGCCGGUGAAGCCAAUUGGUACUCCGAGAGGAAGAGGAAGGCCGCCGAAGGUGAAAACUCCGGUAGCUGCAACUGUAGGGGCUUAAUUGAAGAAAGACAAAUUAGUUUAGGGACUUGUAUGGCAAAAUAUGCUAACUGUUGUUUUCUCUUUUUAUCUGUUUGAAUUUAAUGUUUAGUCCCUGUAGUUUUGUUUAAUUACAUUUGUAGGAAGAAUUGUGUGACUGGUGAGCGAUUGUUAUGUUGUAAUUGGGCCAAUGUAAAUCCAAAUUGAGGGCUUUUAUUUUUAAAAAAA